UUGUCUACAAAAUGGUUUAUUUACUUUUGAGUUCUGACUUUUUCAAAAAUUUCUGCAAAUAAAACAAAAUCAUAGAAAAACGUCACGGAAUUACGUACGCAGGUAGAGUUAGCUGGCCAGGCCGAAUAGUUUCGAACUUAACAAGCUAUCACAUCUUUUAGAGCAAAUAAUUUUUGUACAAAUUCGUAUACUUGUUCAAUUUUCGCAUGCUCGUCUUCACUCUUUUAGACACGUUUUUCAGAUAACCCCAAAAUCGAUGUUUUCGGCUGUAUGUACAACAGUUAUAUUUUCAUAAUGAAUCAACGUUCACAGCUGAGACACUUUUCAUUUUGUAGACAAAUGCUUAAUCUACUUAAUCAUCUAGUUACAAUUCUAGAUUAGCUUAUAGCUUUUUUGCCAUAAUUUUUUGAAAUGAAAGAAAAUAGGAGACUGUUAACUCGACAAGCCGUAUGGAUCCCCAGUAACCAGGUCUAUGGCGAUCCACCGCAGAUAGGUGAGCGAAGAGGCUCUGAUAUAACCAGUUUGUAGAGCAAGUCUAAUUAUACAGGUACACAAGUUUCCAGACAUACCAAACAAAUUCUCUCAACUUUUCGAUAGCUUGCAUAUAUGUUUUGCACUUCUUAAUUAUAGUCAUAGAGUAUGCGAUCUGCCACAAUCUGUAGUAGUAAUAUCAUCAAUUUUAACUCCAUAACCAGUAAAAAAUUAUUUGUUGUUUCCAAAUAAUGUUAUUAAUGAGAUUAAAACUGCUUAUUUACUGAAUGAUAAUUAUUUUUAAUAGUGGAAAACUAAUCAGUAUUGUAAUAUCAGACUAACUUUACUUCCUGAUCCAUUGCUAUUUUCUAUACCACUACAGGCUUACAUAUCUGGUUCCACAGCAUUGUGCACCCAGCGUGCUCUGCAAUUAGCGGCCACAGUUUUUCAUAAGUUGAUUGAUGACGCUAUGACGUUUAUUCAGAACUAUCAAUUAAAUGAUCAAGCACAUCCAUCGGGUUGUUGUAGUAAAGAUGAAGACGAUAAACGUCAAAACAAUCUAGGUGUAAUUCAUCAUGAUACGAAUGCUGGUGUCGUAUUUAAUCCAACAGUGAUAUUAUCGUAUCCAGGUCCGAUAAACUAUGGUGGUUGUAAGUGUGAUGAUACAUUUUGUACAAUACUUAAAACAUUUUGGAAUAUGGAUACGGGUGAUAUCAUUAUAAAACGUGAUUUAAAAAUUUUAAUACCAUUUAAUAAAGAUCAAACAUUAAUACAUAUCGAUUAUGUUUCUAUUGAUAUUACAUGUCAAUUUAAUCGUUUUAAUUGUACUAAUUCAACAUUUGAUAGUAACAAUAGUUCGUGUAUAGUACCACAAUCUGAAAUAGAAACAUAUGCAGUACCAUUUCUUGUAGGCUCUAUAACUAAUAUUGAAAUGAAUAGUACAAUGUUAAUGACAGUACUAAAUUUUCGUCCUGGUUUAUAUGUACAAGCUACAGCAGUUAAUAGUGAAACAUUAAAUAUAACUAUAGAAAGACUACCAUUACCAUUACCACCAUCAAUUGGACAAGCAUUAAUAAAACACAUACUAGUGCGAUCAGUGUCAAUAAUUAAUCCUAUAUUAUUGAAGCAUCCAUUAUUAUUACCAGUAGAAGUUGUUCCCUAUUUUCCUCAUCCAAGCUCACAUCUAUUUAAUUAUUUAAUUCUAAAUAAUUCACAAUCUCAAAAUGUUGGCUAUGGAUAUAUUGAUAUUACUAGUAAUGAAAUUCUGCAUUUUGAUGUUACGAAGCAUACACAGUCAAACUAUAAACAAAUCGAUUCCAUGAAUACAAGUAGAUACAGUAAAUCAUGUAGCAAAAUUGUUCAUGCUAAUCCUGUACAAUUAUUUGAUAAUAUAGACAAAACAUUAUUUGUAGAUAACAUUCGAUCAACAUAUCCUUUAGGCAUUUAUUUAUUAAUGUAUGAAUCAGAAUAUGAUAAUAUUCAAAAUACGAAUCGUAGUAUUGCUCGAUCUGGUUUGCAAAUGUCUCUUUAUGCAUUACUUACAACUUCAUAUUUGAAAACUACAAUAAUUACAAAACAUCACCAUAGUACAUUGAAUUAUGUUUCUGCACAAUGUAUGAAUACAACGAGUUUUUCAUCUAAUUUAGCAUACUAUAGUCUGUUACAAGAUUCAGUAACUGGUAUUAUAUUAGCAAUCAAUUUUAUGUGUUCAGAUUCAAAAUGUGAACAAUGUCAAUUUCAACAAGAAUUUUAUAUUGAUAUUAAACAAAAUCCAAUUUAUACACAAGAAUGUUUAAUAGGUAAAUAUAUUUCCAGUUAUAACAGAACAUUUUCAUUACGUAUGACUUUAUGGAUGAAUGAUGAUAAUAACAAUGAUAAACUAAAAACAUGCACUGUUAAUACAAAAUCGACAAAAACAAUUAUUCCUGAAUUAGAUUUUAAUUUAGCUAAACUUAAUAAUGUUUUUUUUAUUAACAUAUCCAAAUGUUGGUAG